AUGGGGACAGGGCUACGCAGCCAGUCCUUGCGAGGACCGCGGCCCUCCUAUAGCAAGCUCCAGGAGCGCCGGGCGCUGAGCCUCAGGCAGGGGCGUGAGAAGUCCAGGUCCUCAGACGGAGGCCCAGAAAGGCUGGACGCCCCCGGGCAGGAGCAACUGCCAGGGAGCCUGGGGGACACAGAGCAGCUGAUCCAAGCCCAGCAAGAAGGCAGCCAGCGGUGGCUGAGGCAGUAUCAACAGAAGAUACGGAGAAGGUGGGAGAGCUUUGUCACCAGCUUCCGCAGCGUGACCCUGAGCCAGUCGGCCUCCCCACAGCCCUCGCUGGGCACCACCAGCUAAGGAUGCUAGCAGCGGUGGGACUCCUUGCUGCACCUGGAUGAGGUGGCAUGACCUACCUCUUCAUG